ACUAAUUAUUGAAUACUAAUGCUUUUGCUUGUCAGACAAAUACUACCAAUUUCGAUUGUAUAUUUUAUAUUACUUUUGAUGGUGUCGUUACUUUGGCAUUACGAAUAUAGUCAGAUAAUGAACGAUGCCAAUAGACGGCCAUAUUGAGGGCGAAAUGAAAUUUCAAAUUUGAACGAGAAGUCAAUUUUUGUUUAUAUACCAUAAUAUUAACUUUGUUUCUACGAGAUCCUUAUCAUAAUAUAACGUACGUUUUUUCAUGAUUUUCCAUUGAUAUGAACAGUUAAUUGAUAUUGGAGUAUUCAAAUGAUAAAGCAGAGCUUUUAUACUUUCUCUAUUAUUGGUUAUGAUUAUAUAGCUUUAGGAAUACAGUAGAAUAAGGUGAUGUGCUGACUGUUUACAUCUUGUUAUACCGGUGUUCUUUUAUCUUUUGGCAUUUAUAAUAUUCAACAGAAAACGCUUUUCUUUGAGUUCUGCUACACUUUGAGAAAUGACGACGGACAAGGAAGAAGUUACUAAGCAUCAGCUGUUACCCUGCAGCUUCAAGUUUUACGAUUUUAAUUUUGAAGCCGGUCAGGUUAGAUUUAGUUGUCAUAUCAUUAAGAUGGAAGCCAGUCUCUAUUUAUGGGCCGGUGACUUUCCUACUGGUUCAAUGAACGACCUGACCUUCGCUCUAUUGUCUCAAUAUGAGACUCUACCUAUUUCCACAAGAUUAAUGGGAUCCCUGGCUGAUACGACUUCCACGAAUUUUGCUAAGCGAUUAGCGAAGAAAAUCGGCAAACCUGUGUACGUGAGCUUCAAUAUUGGCACUGAUAAUUUAUCUCUGCCGGCGGUUGAGAAGCGAAUUUUUCAAGAAUUCAAAGAGCAUCCAGAAAUAUUGUCUUUUGACUAAUUUUACUUUAUGGGUUAUGAAGGUUUUGUAAUGUUUUUCAAUGUAUUAAAAUAAAUUGUACUUUAUUAUGGAA